AUGGGUCUUUCUAGAGAACUAGAGCAAAGAGGGAUACGGAUAGAAUUCAUGCCUGAAGCUAUGGAGCGCAGGAAGAGGAACCAGUCGAAUUGGAAUCCGAAGAACAAGAUCCUGCACUUGACACUCGAAUUCAACGUGGACGCCAGUCUAACAGGGGACGGCGAAUCCCACAGCACGUUAAAACCUCGAGUGCUGAUCGAAGCACCAUCGGACAAAUCGCUUGAGCAAACCUUGCCUGUAUCGCUUAGUGCACUUCUUCCGCCAGAUCUAGCUGCAAGAAGCGACCUCGCCUUCGCUAUCUCUGUGCCAGCCUCGUACAUACAUGAAGACCCGGACUCAUACCAUGGAUCAAAGCUCUACUUUCCGACCCUGGACGCUUCUGUACCUAUACUGGAAGCUCUCAGGGGCAUUGUGUUCCUCGAAUACCCCACUAUUACAAUCAUGUCCCGCUCAAGCUGGGACGCUCAAGUGCAGGAUGGCAGGGUGAAGGUUUUACCUUUGCUACAGGUUUCUACUCGCUUUCACGACAAUGCUUACAAGAGGAAACGAGGUGACGAGGAUACGACGACCACUUCCGCAGAUGGCAAGCCCGACAUCGUGACGCAGCCCAGUACCGCUCUAGCUGAGCUUGGAGGUUAUGAUUCUGACUCAAAUGAGGAGUCGGAGGUAGGAGAUCGGGGAGCAGUGGAUGACGAGGAUUGA